AUGUUAAUACGACAGGCGUUCGCGCUAGGCGGACGCCGGAUUUUGCACACGUCUUCUGCGUCGUGUUCCAGUAGUCAGGAUCACUACCAAGUUCUUGGACUGAGGCCGGGGGCCUCUGCAAAGGUUUUCAGAGGGAAAGAUUCAUCCGAGAACUUUAUACUUUAUUUCUAGGAGAUCAAAGGCGCGUACUACAAGCUGUCGAAAAAACACCAUCCCGACACGAAUCCCGACAAUAAGGAAGAAGCUUCGAGGCUAUUUCACCAGGUUUGAAGGAAGUUAUCAUUUGUUUGUAUCCAUCAACGUUUUGGAUAAAUCUUUGAGAGAAAAAGUUUGUUUUUGAAAGCUAUUUACGCUUAUUUUGCUCAAAGAGCUUGUUUCUGGUUGAGUUACGCCUUUUCUAGCUAGGAAUGUGAAAAAGGUCUCAUCUAGAUAUUCUGAGUGCAUCUUAUUGUAGAGGACUCACACUCGUAAUAUAAUAAUAUUUACUACUCAAUAGAACAGUUAAUCAAAUUUUUCUUGGAGACGAGUGGUCGAUGGGCUGUGUUUGACAUAGCACUACUCAAAAAAUGUAUCGUGAAUUCACAAAACCCCUAAUUUUCAAAAUUUGUCUAUCCGAUCUCUUCUGCUUUUCUUGUAGAACCAUAUUAAAUAAUAAUCACUCAUUGCAAUCAACCGUUUAUACUAUCACCAUCCCAACAUCACAUGCACCUUACAAUCAAAUUCGACCAAAACCACUCCCCCAAGAAUAACAGAGACAAAGUCGUCAUUCUGGAGCUGAUGGAGCUAUCUGCGCACGAAUCGUUUAAUCAGGAUCUCGCACUAUAUUCAGAAGCCGCGAGUAAGAGCGUCGCCACCAGAAUGUACCAAACACUCUCAGCAACGCGAGAAGAACGACUGCUAUAUAAAAAAUUCGCUUUGAACAACACUAACAAGAAGUAGACUCUUUCCCAGCACAAUGCCAGUCGUAACAGUAGAACUCGUACUAUUUCCUGAAUUCAUCGUCGACACCAAUUCCAACGUCUCCGCUGUCAUCUUCGUGACGGCUUCCUUGGACACGAAAGAUUCUGGGCCAGAAAACCCGUAAAGCAUUCGCACUUAUGACGCUCUUCCCGCAGGAAACCAUUACCACUGCACAGGGUAGGACAGAGACGCUACCGUACCCUCAUCUUCAGUUGAACCAGUCCCCGAAAUUCAUCAACCCUAACACCACAAAUCUCACCUUCUAUGUCGUAGUCACUCCUGUGGGAUACUGUUUGUUUCUCGCGUACUAUUUAUGAUAUUAUUGUUCUCUCCGAUAUUUUUUUUCCAUUCUUUAAUUUUUUUUAUUAAUGCUCUGUUGAUUUUUAGUAAAUACUCAUAAAUCUCUUAAUUCAAAUACCUAAUUCUUGAUAGAUUAAAUGCAGCAUCGCUUCAGGUCGCCAUGGCUUAUGAAGUCCUGAGUUCAGAUGAAAAAAGAAAAUUGUACGAUAUGACAAGAAUAAGGACAUCUAACGUCUCCGAGUGAGUUUUGAGGGCUCAAAAUGAUUAUUGAGAGUUAGUUCCAGUGUUUAUGAAGGUCGGCCCAUGCCGAGACGUUCAGCCACCAAGCAGUAUACGGACGUCGACAUCGACUACAAGAAUUUUGAGCAGUUUCAGAGAAACACCAGGUAUCAAAUUCUCUCUUCAAAGUAUUCAAAGGAUUAUCAGUCCUUUGAGUCUGUUUCGACUUUUUUUUAGAAGGUCAAAAAAUUUUGAAAACAAGCACUUUUUCAUAAAAUAAAUUGCGUAAAAGGCCCUCUUACUGCAGGAAAAGAAGUUGAAAUUGCGGAAAACGAAAAGGCCAAAGCUUUAAAAAAUAGACUUGAAAAUAUUCUAGCCGUGAUAAGUUCAUAAACACAGAUCUGCCAUUAUCUAUUCUUAAUUGAAAGUAAUAUCUGAUGGUUUUUUAAAUGCCAAAAAAAUUUUUUUCUAUUAUAGGCGAAGACAAACAAAAUAGUUUGGUAGCUUUAGUAACUUUCAGAUUUUCAAUAAAGUUUCAGAAACCUAGAUUUCUUUACCGAUAGCAAAGGGGGAUUAGAAUUACGGAUGUCAAUGAGACUUACAAAUAAUAUGAAUCGUACCAACUGAACUUGAUGAUCUUUCCAUUCAGACGUCGGCCUCAGUAUCAUUCGCACUUUGAUAUGCCGAACGAGUUUUACUCGGAACUCGGCGGAAAACGGCAGAUCUUCAAAAGCGAAUAUGAAGAAGAUCCGGAAAAGGUUUCGAAUCCGUGAAACAAACGAGAUCAGCAUGUUUCGCUUGAAGACGGGCUCGAUGUACAAGGACAGCCGAGCGGCGCAACGAGAGCAGGAGGAACUGCGGCGGGAGUUUGAGAGGGAGCAGGAGCGGCUGCAGAAGAAGUACCCGAUCCCGACGUUCGAGCAGUUGAUGCGCGAGAAGCGCGACAAGGAGCGCAAGGAGUCCGCUCAGCACAUCGCCGCCUUCUUCGCCGCCGCCUUCGUCAUCGCUUGCACCACUUUUUUCGCUUCUAGAUAG